CGUGUCCGUGCGUGGGACCCUGGGGAUGCCGCGGCAGCUGUACGGGUUCGGUGCAGCCUUUGGGGUGCCGUGUCCAUGUGCGUGCGUGGGCCUUGCCGUGCGGGGAGCCGGCUCCUACAGCCCUCCGCUGAGGGGAGAGCGUGGAGCUGGGUUAAGGGCAAGCAAAACCAGGUACGCCAGCCGUGGCGGGGAGCCUUGCGAGGCAGCGGCGCUGGAUUUCGGGGAGCCUCCACCCAUUUCUUGCGAAAACCGGGGUGUUGCUUCUUGCGGGGCGGGAGGCGGCGCGGGGGAGGCCCCCCCCGUGUCCGUGGCGUCCGUGUCCCCUCCCGCGGCGGGGCUCCCGGAACGCAGGGCCCACCGUUUCUCUUUCGGUUUCCCGGCCGGGCCGGGGCAGGCCGAGCCCCCGCCGCUCGCUCGGCAGCUGCCCCCGGUGGCGGGACGGGAGGUGCUCGGGGGGCGGCCGCCCUCCGCCCGCUCCCCCGGAGGCCGGAGGAAGCCUCAGCUCGGCGGAGCGGCCGCCAUGGCAACAGGACAAGCUGCUAAAUCAGCACGGACAGUUGUCAUCGCUGGUGUUCCAGAUGGCCUUCUGCCCGAUGAUGUCAUGACUGACAUACUGAUGAUUCAUUUCCAAAUGUCAAAGAAUAACGGGGGAGAUGUGGAAGAAGUAAAGUAUCCUGUAAUGAAAAAAGGAGUUGCAUAUGUUACUUUUGAAGAUCAAGAAGUUGUAGAGAGUGUUCUAAAGAAGGAUGAACAUCGACUAGAAGACAGGAGGUUGCACAGAUCCUAUCCACUGAAAGUAACCCGUUACUGUGAAAAUGUCUUCAGCUCUGUCACAUCUGUCCUCAAUAUGUCUAUUUUCAAAGAUCAAUUUGUUUUAGAAGAUCUGAUACAAGAAUUUAAACAGAAGAGUACAGCUUUGAGGUUUGGUCCUUUGGAAUCCAAUGGGCAUAUUUCUGUUCAAGGGUCAUUUCCAGCCAUCAAUUUGCUAAGAGACUUUCUCUUACUAAAAGCAAAAUCCCUUCCAGAGAAGGACAAAAGAGAAGACAGUAAGUCCCGUCAGAAUCCAAGGAGGAGGCUACAGCAACGCAGACCUACCACGGAGACGAGUGAUUCCGUUCAUGAUGCAGAUGGGGGAAAACAAGUGGUUGUUCUUGACACGGAUGUAUAUCACUACAUGAAGUACUUUUUUCCCUGGACAUUCCUAGCAAGUGAUGGUAUUGUAAUUUCUGGUGUCACUGAUGGUGGUAUAACUACAGUACAUAUUGAGAAUACUGGAAGUAGGUCUGAUAGAUGGGCAUUAAGAGUCAAAGAGAAAAUCGAAAAACAGUCUAUGGAACUCCAUAAUGUUUUACGUAAAGAAAGGAUCUACUUCAAAGACCGCUUCAGAGAGGAAAAGUGGAGGUGUAAAUGGGUGUGUGAAAGACUAAAACUCCGUUACCCUUCUGUUUUGAUCAUUCCUUAUGAUACUCACAUUGAUGUUAUAGGAAAAUCUUCUGAGACUUUUGAAUUUACAAAUGAGGUGAGCAAUGAGAUUCAGAGCCUGUUUCAAACCAGGUAGAAAGUUAGUGUUCAUGUUCUUUACACAUUGUACUUCUCAUACAGACUGUACUGGUGCAACCUGUGCACCGCUGUGACACUGCAGGUCUGUCGCCUGCCUCCUGCUCACAGGCUGGGAAGUCUCCAUGUGAGGCUGAACAAGCCCAUUCCCCUCAAAUACCAAAUUAAGUUCAGACCAGAUCUCUGUAUCUCUCGUGAGCUUAGGGAUGGAAGAAGUUAGGCCUCUCCUCUGCGGAUAGAGCUGCCUUUUUCCUUCUGUUAGGUGCAUUCUGGGCACACACACACUCAUUCUGUCUUGCUGUCAGGGUGCAGAUGAUGAGAAAAGAGAAUUUUUUUGAAGAGUUCUUGUUAGCAUAAGUCAGACUGACAGAGCUGGGUGAGCCAACAUGAUACAAAAUAUUGUGCUGAAGUUGAGUUAUGUUUCUCUGUGCAAGGAGUUGACCACAGAAAACAGGAAUGGUGGUCUUUUUCUGUUGCCUUUAUCUGCAGAAGGAAGUUCUCAUCAUGGAGAUACAUGAAGAAGGUAGAGCUUUGACCCUUGAGGCAUGGAAUGCUUACUAGAUUUACAGGCUUGUUGUGUCCUGAGAAGGACCUUAGAGGAUGGCAUUGGAAGUUCUUGACAGUAGAAAAUAAGCUAGUUUGUUUUCAUAGGAGCAAUAAUGUGUUUUUUUUUCCCCAGCUGUAACGGCAUCUGCAGCAUCCUUUGACGACAGUUUAUUUAGACGUGAAGGUAGAUCCCAAAUUUUGAUGUAAAAAUCUUGGGGCAUUUAGACCUUUGAAUCAUAUCUGUGUAUGCAAAUCUGUUUCUAUAUCCAUUACAAGGGUCCAAACACCCAUCGUAAUUUAGGCUUUUUAUAACACCAAUCUAGAAAAUAACUUGUAUUUUGUGAUAUCAGUGUGCUCAGAACACUUUGCUAAAACAUACAGAGCAUCGGCUCUUUUGUUCUACGUGCAGAUUUUUAUGCCAUUAAAGAAAUGAGUUGUACAAAA